UGGGUGCUAUCGUCGCGAAAAGCGGUUCCUUCCACUCUGUCUGGAGUUCUCGGAAUUUAGGGAGUAAAUAACUGAACAUUGGCAUUAAAAUCAAAUCAGUCGUGUUUGCAGCGGCAUCAGAGUAGGAUCGGCCCAUAAAUACACGAUUGCGGUUACAAUUACAAUUAUGACUGUUACCUGUGAAAUUGAUUUCGAUAACAAUCCCCAUGGCACCUACUUUGGGGGCGAGGUACUCACUGGCAGAGUUACGUUGAAGCUGGACAAGAUGAAGUUGGUAAAAGCCAUCACCUUGAAUAUAACCGGAUACGCAGAGACGCGUUGGAUUGAAAGGGUGACCACAAACAGAAGGAGGAGACGUCGCACAUUCUGCGGCCGCGAGGAUUACAUAGCGUCCAAAACAUUUUUGGUGGGAUCCAAUCUGAGCAGCCAAGUAUCCAUUGAAGCGGGAAUUCACACUUACAACUUCGUGUGCCUGAUUCCCACCGAAUGUCCUUCGUCCUUCGAGGGAUCACACGGCAGGGUGCGGUACAUGGCAACCGUAACCCUCGUCAGGCCCUGGAAAUUCGAUCAGAGCUAUACCCGAUGCUUUACGGUGCUAAAAGUGAUGGACUUGAACUUCGAUAGUCCACUGCUAAGGGUACCCGCCCACAGUGAAACCUCGAAGACCUACUGCUGCUGGCCUUGCCGAUCAGAUCCGUUGGCCCUCCAACUGACCGUUCCACAGACAGGAUUUGUACCUGGCCAGAAUGUUCCCCUUAGCGUGCUGGUCACAAACGAUAGCCACAUUCCGGUGGAGCAGCUCCUCAUUAGUUUUGUGAUGCUGGUGACAUACCACAGUAAGCCACCUUCGAUGCCCAAUACCACGUCCGAGAGGUUGGUGGUAAACACCUUCAAGGGGGACGCUGUGCAAAGGAACUGCAAGAAGCUAUUUAGCUAUGAGAUCAGAGUCCCGGCCACUCCGCCCACCUGCUUCAACCUGUGCGGCAUCAUCCAGAUCGCCUACCAAGUGGAGGUGGAGGCCAGGGUGAAGGGUUGCCACAACAACGAGGUUGUCACCAUUCCGCUGACCAUUGGCAGUGUCCCUCUUGCACAACACGUACCAAUCCAGCCUCGGGGUUUCGUCCCCCAGCUGAAUGUUAAUGAGCUGGCUGUUGAAGAAGUAGCCACUGCUCCAAACUCUUCAAGUCCAUGGUCUGUCGACGCAUCCAUUCCUCCGCCCAACUAUCAGGAGGCUGUUCACAUGCGCAGCACGGCUGCAACGAGGUCAGACGACUUAGACGACCCGGAACCAGUACCGCCCAAUACUCUCAGUUUGGAUGGCGGUGCUUAUAAGCCACUCUAUCCGGUCUUCGACAUACCCAGUCCCUCAGCUCCGCCGCCGACGGAUUAUACGCAGAAUUAUAUGGCAGAGAGGGCCUUUGUCAAUCCGGCCAUGGAUGUGGACAAAGACAAGGGAACGUGGCUAUGAGAACGAAAAUAAAUACUAUACUAGAAAUGUAAGGGCGAUAAAGCAUUUGCACACAAGGCAAAAGUUCCACCUAACACUUUAUAAUAAACAUUUUAUCAC